GGGAGAAGACAGUGGGGUAGGGGUAGGUAGAUUUGAAACCUGCUUGGGGGCGUUUGCAGUAGUUUUGAAGGACUGAGGCCCAGCUGGAGGUCCCGUCCUCACUGAAGGAGGGGGCCGGUCCCUGGCCCGUUCACGAUGUCCCCCCGUGACCUGCUGGGCCGCCCCUGGCUCCAGCUGGCCCUCCUCUACCUGCUGGUGCUGGGGGUGGGGCUGCCCCUCUUCGGGGCGGACAGGCGGCUCUCCCGCUACUACCUUGGCGGGGCGGAGGGCCUGCAGCGGCUGACGGACCAGGCCCUGGCCCGGAGCCUGGAACGGGCCGAGGAGGCUGAGCGGUACUUCCGGGACACCCCCCAGUGGCACGAGGAGGAGGAGGAGCAGGGCCCCCCGGGGCUGACGCUGGCCAUCGUCACCACGGCCCGCCGGCAGGGCGCGGAGCACCGCUACUUCCUGCAGGUGGCGGCCGCCUACCACCGCCUGCUGCGCCUGUGCCCCUGGUGCGGGCGGGCCCGGCUCUUCGCCUGCAACGUCCACCACCCGCCCGAGGACCACGCCCUGCCCCGGCGGGCCCGCAGCCUGAUCCCGGAGGUGCGCCGCUUCGGGGAGGAGGGGUCGCCCCCGGCGCCCGAGGACGACCCCUUCGAGAAGGAGAAGGCCGACUACCUCUUCUGCCUGGGCCGGGCGCUGGCCGGCGGGGCUCGGCACGUACUGCUGGCCGAGGACGAUGCCCUGCCCCGCCCCGACCUCUUCCCCGUGCUGGGGGACGUGCUGGGCCGACGGCUGCAGGGCCGCCAGCCGCUCUACGUCAAGCUCUACCACCCGGAAAGGCUGCAGGGCUACCUGCACCCCGAGCCAGCCCGGCUGCUGGAGUGGGCCGGCCUGGGGGCGCUGGGGGGCUCCCUCCUGCGCUGGCUGCUGCCUGCCCCGGCCGGCCGCCGCUCCUGGCGCUCCCUGGCCGCGCUGGCGGCCCUGUGCAUGCUGGCGGCCGAGCUGGGCGGCCGGGUCUACCUGCUGGAGCUGCGGCGCCUCAGCCCCCAGCUCUACGCCCUGGCCCCGGCCUCCCACUGCUGCACGCCGGCCAUGGCCUUCACGGCGGACGGGGCGCGCCGGGCCAUGGCGUACCUGGGCGAGCGGCAGUGCCGCAGGGGCUACGCCAAGGACACGGCCCUGUACGAGGCAGCCCGGGAGCACAGCGAGGAGGCCUACGUGGUGGAACCCAACCUGGUCUCGCACAUCGGGCUGUACUCGACCCUACGGGGCUACAUCGCACGCCCCAGUCUUUGACGGGGGAAGUGGGGGUGCUUCGCUCCUUCUCCGACACCGGGAGUGUGCGAUUGGACGGUGCGGGGGGAGCUUCACUCUGUGUCUGACCCCGGGAGUGUGUGAUGGGACGGUGCGGGGGGAGAUUCACUCUGUGUCUGACCCCGGGAGUGUGUGAUGGGACGGUGCGGAGGGAGAUUCACUCUGUGUCUGACCCCGGGAGUGUGUGAUGGGACGGUGCGGAGGGAGAUUCACUCUGUGUCUGACCCCGGGAGUGUGCGAUUGGACGGUGCGGGGGGAGCUUCACUCUGUGUCUGACCCCGGGAGUGUGUGAUGGGACGGUGCGGGGGGAGAUUCACUCUGUGUCUGACCCCGGGAGUGUGUGAUGGGACGGUGCGGAGGGAGAUUCACUCUGUGUCUGACCCCGGGAGUGUGUGAUGGGACGGUGCGGAGGGAGAUUCACUCUGUGUCUGACCCGAGGAGUGUGCGAUGGGACGGUGCGGAGGGAGAUUCACUCUGUGUCUGACCCCGGGAGUGUGUGAUGGGACGGUGUGGAGGGAGAUUCACUCUGUGUCUGACCCGAGGAGUGUGCGAUGGGACGGUGCGGAGGGAGAUUCACUCUGUGUCUGACCCCGGGAGUGUGUGAUGGGACGGUGCGGAGGGAGAUUCACUCUGUGUCUGACCCUGGGAGUGUGUGAUGGGACGGUGCGGAGGGAGAUUCACUCUGUGUCUGACCCCGGGAGAGUGUGAUGGGACGGUGCGGAGGGAGAUUCACUCUGUGUCUGACCCCGGGAGAGUGUGAUGGGACGGUGCGGAGGGAGAUUCACUCUGUGUCUGACCCCGGGAGUGUGUGAUGGGACGGUGCGGAGGGAGAUUCACUCUGUGUCUGACCCCGGGAGAGUGUGAUGGGACGGUGCGGAGGGAGAUUCACUCUGUGUCUGACCCCGGGAGAGUGUGAUGGGACGGUGCGGAGGGAGAUUCACUCUGUGUCUGACCCCGGGAGUGUGUGAUGGGACGGUGCGGAGGGAGAUUCACUCUGUGUCUGACCCCGGGAGUGUGUGAUGGGACGGUGCGGAGGGAGAUUCACUCUGUGUCUGACCCCGGGAGUGUGUGAUGGGACGGUGUGGAGGGAGUUUCACUCCAUUAAUGACACAGGUGCCUUGACGGAUGAUGUGUAAAAGAGCUCGUUGGGAUCCGUUCUGAAGCCAGGCAAGCAGCUCCUUGGGGACGUUUGCUGCAGAAUUGAUGUUUCAAACAUGUUAUGAAAUGCUAAUGUAAUUUGGGAUUGCGACGGAUAUAUUUGUGAAUAUCACUGACUGCUGUGGCCUUAAUGUAAGCAAAUUAAAUAUUUAUCUCAAACACUGAUGCAGCCUGUGGUAAUUAUUC